GAUAAUGGUAAUUUAGUAGUCAAUGGAGCCUAAUUGGAGCCAUUGGUUAAUAUUUAAUUACUUUUUCAAUAUAAUCAACAAUGUUCAAUGAUUAGGUUUUUCAAACCGAUGGGGUACUUUUAUAUUUUCGUUGUUUUAAGUUGGUCACGCAGAUUAAAAUUAAAAUCUAAUUAUUUAAAUUGAUGUUAACAUAUUAUUUUGGAUUUUGGAAGUAUUGUUAUCAUUUGAUAAAUUUGGAGAGAACUACCCCCCCCCCUCACGAAUAUAUUAUGACCCUUCUCUCUAACCAUAGAAUGCGUAUUCUGAUUUCUGAUAACCGAUUUCCAUUUUUCAAGAUUUCACACCAUAAGAUACAUCCACGAGCACGUGUCUAGCGUAUUAUGUAUAAUUUGAUAAUUAUACCAAGUUAUUAAAAAUAAUCAAUAAUUCGUAAUUAAGGAUUAUAUUUUAAUUUCAAUUUUAAUAUAGAUCGAUAGUACACUAUAAGAUAACUAUUGUAUGCACUAAGUUAGCACACAUGUAUGUUUAAAAUGUCGUAUUCAACCUUGAAGAAAGCACUAAAGUUAUUUGAAGGACCAACGCCUGACGAAAAACUUGCAGACUCGAAACAAAAAACUAAAAAAUCAAGUAACAUUAAGAAAUCGAUUUGUAAGAAAAAAUUUCAACAUUCAAAAAGUGUAUUUAAAGUACAGUUAUUGAAAUCAGAUGCUAAUAAAUCAAUUAAAAAAAUUCAAGAGCAAAUUCGUAAUGAAAAGGACUUAAAUUUGGUGCACUUAAAUUUGGAACGUUUAAAAAAGCUGGAUAGAACUAGCUGUGUUAAUAACACUACAUAUAAAUUGAUUGAACAGAGAUAUCAAAAGCCAUCAACUUCAGCAAAUAAAGAAGAAAAAACUGUAUUUACUGAUGAAGAUUUUGAGAAAUUUGAGCGUGAAUAUUUUCAAAAUUAAUGGAUG